AUGAACCUCCUUCUUUCCGACGAAUACCUGUUGCAGGACUACCCUGACUGCAUCACCAACACGAUCCGCUCCGGCCACACCACCAUGAUGCGCUUCGACCGCAAGGGCGACUACUUGGCCUCUGGCCGCGGCGACGGCACCGUCGUCAUCUGGGACCUAGAUACGAUGGGGGUGGCCAGGAAGCUGAGGGGCCACAAUAAGAACAUAACUUUCCUCAGCUGGUCCUGCUGCGGGAGGUAUCUGCUGUCCACCUGCCAGGGCUGGAAGGCCAUCCUGUGGGAUCUGCAGGACGGGAAGCGCCUGCGCGAGGUGCGCUUCCGCGCACCGGCCUACAUGGGGGAGCUGCACCCGUGGAACCACUUCGUGUUCGUCGCAUCACUCUUCGAGGAACAGCCUGUCAUAGUCGACAUGUCGGAACCCGUCGACGUCAAACACGUCCUACCGUCGGCGCCGAAACGACCGAACACGGACGGAGACGCCGCCCUCAACCAGAAGCAAGCCAAGGAGGACGCCCGGCAGAUGACGACGUCGGCCAUCUGGACGGCGACGGGCGAGCACAUUCUCUCGGGCACCAGCAAGGGGUGGUUAAACAUCAUCGACACCGACACGCGCCAGGUGAUAUACUCGGAGAAGAUAUGCGGAGCCGCCAUCACGACGAUGCGGCUGACCGGGUCCGGUAGGGAGCUCCUGGUCAACUCGCAGGAUCGCAUCAUCCGCACGUUUCGACUGCCCAACCUGUCGGUCGAGGACCUAGACCUCGACACGCUACAGGUGCCGCUGGAGCACAAGUUCCAGGACGUGGUCAACAGACUGUCGUGGAACCACGUCACGUUCAGCGCCACGGGCGAGUACGUGGCGGCGUCUACGUACAACAAUCACGAGCUCUACGUUUGGGAGCGCGGGCACGGCAGCUUGGUGUGCAUGCUCAAGGACCCCAAGGAGGAGCAGGGUGUCAUCGAGUGGCACCCCACGCGGACGCUGCUGGCGGCGUGCGGCCUCGAGACGGGAAGGAUCUACAUAUGGUCCGUCGUGAGCCCGCAGAAGUGGUCAGCGCUGGCGCCCGACUUUGCAGAGGUCGAGGAAAACGUCGAGUACAUUGAGCGCGAGGACGAGUUUGACAUCUACGCCCAGGAGGAGAUCCACCGUCGCAGGCUGGACGCCGAGGAUGAGGACAUCGACGUCCUCACGACCGAUGCUGCUUCCAAGGCACCCGGGGAAGACGGCGGCAGCUUCAGGAUGCCCAUCCUGUUCAACCUCGGCGAGAGCGACAGCGAGGAGGAGCUCAUUGCCGUGUCGACAGGUACCAUGCGGCGUAGGAGUCCGGGGGAUGGCCAAGGCGAUGUCGAUGACGGAGCUAGCGAGAGGGCACCUGCGAAGAAGGGAGCUUCAGGCAAGGGACGGCCCAGGAAGAAGCAGUGA